AUGGAAGGCAAGGUCUCUUUGCGAUUUGCUUUGGCAGUUUUUUACUACUCAUUUCUUGUCGGAGUUCAUCAAGUUCGAACAGUCUCAGGCGGGGACACGACCCCUCCAACCAUUGUCUGCCCUGCAAACAUCUUCGGUUACGUCAGAGAGAUCACUCAGGUCAUGACGUUCACCUGGUCCAAUCCCACCGUUUCGGAUGACAGUGGUGUUCAACCCACAGUGACCACCAGCCCAAAUUAUCCUCAGCCCACUGGCACCUUUGAUUUUGGCACGUACCCAAUCACCUACACUGCUGAAGAUGGAGCUGGAAAUAUGGCCUCCUGCACACUCACUAUCAACGUCAUUCUGGACACCCAACCUCCGACUUUCACAGGUUGCCCGGAUCAACGCCAGUCCCUGGUGCCGUCCGACAGCGACAGUGUGAUAGUCACAUGGACUGAGCCUGUAGGUUCUGAUAACAUUGGCAUUACCAAUACUGAACGUAGCCAUAGACCGGGAGACAGCUUCAGUUUGGGUGUCACUCAAGUCACCUAUACCUUCUUUGACCGGGCCGGCAAUCAAGCCAGCUGCAUAUUUUCAGUCAAUGUCACAGGUUGGUAG